AUGGGCUCGCCUCUUGGACCUCGCCUAGCCGAUGUCUUCAUGGGCAACUUGGAGAGAUUUAAACUACGCGAUCAGAUCGAAAAACUUAAACAGUACGGCCGCUAUGUUGAUGAUAUCUUUGCAAUUGCCACUGCUGAAACCAGCAUAGCUACCCUCUUAGAUGCUGUAAAUCAGGCCCAUCCGUCGACCAAGUUCACGCUGUAGAUCGGAACGACUUGUUCGCUUCCUUUCUUAGAUGUUCUUCUAAGCAGGAGACCUGACGGGAGUGUCCGAAGAAGCGUCUAUCGGAAGAAAACCUGGUCUGGACAAUAAGCGAACUUUGCCAGUUUUGUACCCCUCCAACAAAAACGAACUCUAGUCCGAUGUUUGCCACAAAGAGUAAGAAACAUUUGAUCAACAGACAGCAUCGAGGAGGAACUUAGAAAAAUCCAGGACUUCCUUCUUGAAAACGGAUACCCGAACAGGUUUAUUGCAUAGAAUAUGGCCGAACGGCCGGUAAAACCCGCCACACCGACAGCCGAAAAGAAAACUGUGUUCCUUAAAGUCCCUUUCCAAGGGGACGCUUCGAGUGAACUCCUAAAGAGACGACUUAAUCAAGCUGUCUCGCGAACCUUCCCGGCGGCAAGAAUUCAAGUAUCCUUCGCCAGUAACCCGGAGAAGGCAAGGAUAAGUUGUUACCGCAGACCAUCACAAUGUGCAUCUAUCCCUUCACUUGCUCCUGUGGAGCAGGUUAUAUUGGUCGCAAGAGUCGGCACUUAUUCAAGAGAAUACAGGAAAAGGCGAAAAAAGGAGCAUAAGCAGCGCCAUUCUCGCGCACGUUGUCGAUUCCGGACCUCAUGUAGACCCCAGUGAAGCGUUUCGUGUGAUCUAUAAGGCCCCACCGACCUAUCCUAAACCCCUGGGACAGCACCUGUUAGCAACAGCAGAAACGGUCGCCAUCAGGUUGCGAAAACCAAUCUUGUGCGCACAGAAGAACCACGUUCAGGCUCCGCACCUGCAGCGGUCGAAGGUCGACUAACGCUACAACUCUCCCGCGUCCUUCCGCUCUCACGCCGCCCCUGACACUGACUGCUAUUCCCCCCCCCCCUCCCUCACAUUCCCACACCCAGCCUGUGCUUUAAGACGAACUUUAAUCGAUUUAUCUUAUCACUGAUGUUUUUUACUUCUACCCCCUUCCCAUAUAAUUGUACUGGCCCGACGAGAAUUUAUCGAAAGCUACGUAUGCGCGCUACCUCGUCCUCUGAAAACCAGUUUACUCUGAAAACCACAGUAAAGCAGAGAUUCAUGAUAAUACCGUUUUUCGUUUUUGGCGUCAUUUAUAAGGUAAAAUUUAACAAUUCGGACAUGCGAAUCCAGAUACUCUACACUCUACGUCCCGAAAUGCCUUAACGCCAGCGUCCAGACACGUCAAAUGCAAUCAGUCCUCAUCGAUACUUUCAUGAAGUUUACUAUUUCGAUAGGCGAGACGUAUUACCGACAAAGAGAAGAGAAACUGGUGUGGACAUGUCUGCUCUAUUGGCUGACAUCAGCCUCAAGAACACGAUGAAACGAUCGGAAUUCUCUAUUCGGAUCGGGUUCCAUUGUGUACCCGCCAUGUUACUGUCUUCCGUAGAUCCUUGCAUCUUGAGGCGUCGGCUGAGUAGAAGAGCUCCUGCUUAUUAAUUAAACAAGUUCCGUGAACGGAGCAGAGUUAACCACUGACGUCAGGCAAACCAAAAGAAACCCAUUCAUGUUUACCCGGUUUUUGAAGAUGAUACUUCUAGUUUAUUGGCUGUUUAGUACCGCAGGACUAUCUAAGACGCUUGCCAACUGGUAGGAUAACUCGGCCCUCAUGGUGGACACUUUGGAGUUGAGGGAGGAUUGAGAGUCGGCAUGCAAGGACUCCAUCUUACUGAGAUCUCUAUGACACCUCUAUUGCGUGAGAUUUAAGCCGCCUUUCAGUAGCUUGGAACAUGCAUUUUGUGAAAAUGGGGCACCUUGUACGGGAGGACGAGGUCAUGUAUGGUACACGCACGCUAGCUAACGUAACUCUAGAAUUGCGUAAUUAUUUGCCAUAAUUACAACACAGGUAGAAGCUGAAAGCUCAGACACACGUGCUUCGCCGAUCCCGUGCCGCUGCCUGACGCAGCGGGAGGUUCGGCUCAGCAGUGGGUUCCCCCAGCCUUCCCCGUGUGUUUUCUGUUAUACGAAUUCCAGUUUCACCUUGCCUUGUUUAAUUUCCUUUGCUGUUAGUACGGUAAAUAAUUGCACAAUUCUAUACAACUGUCUGCCUGUUGGCGGUUUGUGAAUGUUACGCGGUUAUUCCGCAGUAGUUAAUGAAUUUCAGCUCAACUAUUCACAGGGAAGUUCGAACGUGCCUGAAAAGGUCUGUCCGGAAAGAUUUACUUCAAGUUCGCGCGUUAAUUUCCUCGGAAAUUAAACAAGGCAGCGUAGUCAGUCGCAACACCAACUCAAACGCCAGACGACUGACCGUUUCGGACAGCGGAUUGGUACAUGCGAGAGGGAAGGGAGAGUGAGGUUGACACAGGGGAAUUUCUCCCUACGGGACCUGAGGGCUUUCCUCGUUGCUUCUUUUGAAAAAAUUACGACAUGCCAAAUGUUGGGUCGUGCUGGGCGGCCAACCGACUAGAUGACUCGCUGCUCGUGGCCUGUCUGUGCGUGUACAUGGCGUGACUAGCUCGAGAACUAGGAAUCCGGUUCAAUGGCUCGCCCGAAUGCCGCCCCGAAGGAGUUCCAAUCUGAUGGGAUUCGAGCAGCCUUCCUUGUGAAAGCCCGAAACAUGCUGCGGGAGUCAGGCUGCUUAUGGCACAUGUAGAUUGACCGUUUAACUUUGUCAGCCACUGCCUCGGAGCAUACCACCGGCGGUCUUGACAUUGUUCUCCGUCGGAGCCACGUGGGUGAGGUAGAAUAGACUGUGGUAGAUCCUGUCUAAGUCUACCUCAUCAUAAACUAGUUCACGCGCAAGCCGCCGCUCCAGCGUACACUUCAUGACGCACGCGGUUGAUCUCAUGACUCGCGACAGUCGAACAAUCACCUAAGGAGCGCUCAGACCGGAUAUCGAAGUCGAAACCCGAACAGGACUGCUUUGUCCUGUAAGUGGGACAAACCGGUGGAUGCCACUCUCGUGCCAUCUAACAGAGCCCCUGGCAUUUCAGGCAAAACAAGUUUCACAUCACUGGGGCAGCCACUGCGUCCCCCUGUGGAAUUGCAACUCUGUCCAUUGUACGGCACCACAUGGUGCGUAACUUGCACGCCAAUGUCAGCCAGCGUCAGCAGCGGGAAACCCACCCACCCGAAAUGUCCUCUGCGCGCGCCUUCGCAGACAGGCCUUCAUGGUCUCUUUUUCGCUUUGGUAUCCGGCCGGCUGGCGCGCGUGACCACUGUCGCCAUGCUGUGCGCUCACAGGCUUCCUCGCAUCGGUUUCUGAUUGGCUAUUCCAGCCUGAGUCAGGUAGGCUGAUCACCGUUUUCGCUAGAUUUGCCAACUCCUGAAAUAUUAACCGAAAUUCUAAAUGCGUUUUUAAUUCGAAAAGAUUACCUAUGUGGGGUUUUGAUAUCAAUUAUCAUGCAGUAUCAUCCCAAGAUAUUUCAGCCAAGUCAGGGUUUCGGCUUUCGAACAAUCUCCUCAUCGACCGCCUGCGUAAACCGCAUCCCAUAAAAAAUGGUAACUUAAUUGGCAUGAAUUUUGAUAUUGAUUUACGAUACCCCCUUCAAAUUUACAUCUAUUUUAUAAAAAAACAUGCACAAAAGCUUUUUUCCUCCAUUCAUUUGAUAGCAAACUACGUUUCUUCAAACUUCCUACUUGAAGAAAGAACAUCUGGCGGUGUUGAAAGUGUUUCUAAUUAUAUGGUUUUUCGAGACCACGAAGUGUUCGGUCGUACAGCAUCGCAUUAACACACUUAGAAAUGUCGCGUAUAAAGUGAAUAACAUGGUCCAAAUACACUACAAAUUUGAUGAGACCUGUUUGUCCUACUCAUGAUAGCAUGCAGAAGCAUGUGAUUUUCCUUGUACGAAAAGUAUACAGCUCGUAGUUUCGAAACCGUAAAUGCAAGUUGAACGGCAGGUCGGGUUCAAAAUUAAUCGCGGAUCGAGAAGGUUUUUUUUAACACCGAGCGAUUUCCUCCCUUCAAGUAUUAAACUUGAAGAAGACUUUAUGUGCUACCGAAUGAGUAAACGAAGGAAUAUUUUGUACAUGUUCUUAUGAAAUAUAUUAGAAUUAUCAGGGGUAUCAAAAUCAGUGGCAAAAAUUCAUGCUACUUAAGUUGCCAUUUUCUCCGGGCCGCGAACUUCAGGCAGAUACUACCUUUCCGCGCACCCGCUAACUGCCGUUCUCCAUUUAACCGUUUCUCUAUGUAAAGUAUCUAUCGUUUAUUAUCUUGCUUUGUACACUUGUUGCCGAGUUCAUUGUUGAAGUUUAAAUUAGCGUUUUGUACCAGUGCCUUUUUAUAUAUUGCUAUAACAUCCUUAGUCAUGUUUCUUACUUUUGUUCCGAGAUAUGAUAUAACAUUUUCCCGCUCUUCUUAUAUCCAAGAAUAUAAAUUCCUGUGGUUAUCGUUUUACCUUGAUUCGCCAUGUCUGAAUCCCGCAAAUCCCCAACCGACUUAGAUCACGAAAUAACCCCACUUUUAGACGAGAUCUCACUGGCAAUCCCUCGUGAAGGCUUCUAGUCUACUUUCCCGACCACCAGUGAGAAUAUGCCUCAUCCAGCCUUAUCCGUUUCUGCCCUCACAUUGGGUAAGAGGAGCUCAUUCAAAUGCCGUAUCCUGGCGUGGUUGGAAUAUUUUUACACUGUGCUACAUGAUGGUCAAUAUUAUAACCCUACUUAAAUAAUCUUUUGGAAUUGAAAAAAAGCAUUUCAGAAUUUCAGUCAAUUUUUCGUAAAAUAACAUAUCUACUGUACAUCACACUAUUAUCAUGAAAUGAAUUAUUCAAAAGCUGCUGAAGCGCCUGUUAAUUACACGAGUCUGGUGGUCAUCUGGUAGAUUCCCGAUGAAUCACUUUUAAAUGCUGCUUGAACAAUCAGUUUACCAUAUCAGAUUCGGCGUAUUUCAUACGUUGCAGUAAGCUGGGCAGGUAACUUGGUCCAAUGAGAUUAAACUCAUGGCUCUGGUGGGAUCUCAUACCUCAGGUAGCUAGUUCGGUAGCUGUACUCAAGCCUUACACGCACUUGUGUGGGUUCGAAUCUCAUCUAAGUCGCCGAAUUUUUUUAGUGUUGGGUCAAAAUAUCUUAUAUCACCAUCUGCGCCAUUCGAUGAAAAUGCUAUGGCCUGAAAACGUAAAUUAACGGGUUCCCCUUGCUUUGAGAAUUAAAGGAAAGAGGCUAAAGCGAGGAAUAAACAACGGAAUCGGAUAAUUCAUUGCUGUCUGUCAUACUGAAUUAUUAAUAACUAUUGAGAACUGAUCAGCUCACCAAUUUCAAAUAUGGAGGAUAGUUCGCCGAAUUCGUUCCGAAAUCGUGCGAGGGAGUCCAACAGGUCUUGCGAAUCAUUUUGCAACAUAAAGUCCGUCUGUCUAAAGAAGUCAACCUUGAUAAAAUAAAUAAAAAUGACUCAGUUGUGACUGGUAGUGCUUUUCUCUUAAUGGUUUUCAAAAAGCCAACCAUGUCAAAUUAUUCGAAACGUGAGUAGGAUUAACCUCAUUCAGGAACAGUUGUUUGUAGAAAGUGACUUUCCUUUAACGCAUUCAGGGCCACUUCAGUGAUGGACCAAGCCAUUGAAGCGCAGUCGUUAAGUGUACCCGGGACCACCGUAGUGGGUGUGUCCUAAGCGUCAUAAUUCCGGAACCCGGUGUUUUUUAUGUGAUUAGAAGAGCCAUGUGUGUGGGGGUCAUGUAUUCCGUACAGACAUUCUGGUAGGAUUCCGCUGACUCGCUAAGUGUGGUGAGCCUGAAUGACUAGAUGUGCGUUUAUCACGUGACGAAGACAGGCAGUGUCAGUAUGGGUUGUGUAUGAGAGCUGGUACAUAAGGCAAUCGUGAAGCGGUCCGGGAACUGGAUCGGAGCGCUGUUUACUGAGUCGCACGAAGUGUGAGGAAAUAUGGAUGCAAUAACAAUCCAACAAGCCCACAUGUUGCCUCCAAAAACACUUCAGUAGUCGCUACUGCACCGACCCCACAACACCCUCAAAGACUACACCCUGAUGCUCUGUCGCCCGCAUCCCUGACGGAAUCCCCCCCCCCCCAACCACCGACGGUUACACCCCUGCUACCCCAUCGCUGUCGCCCACAUCUCCGGCAGAACCCCUGCUACGACUACCACAUAUCCCACUCCCGCUACCAAUGAGGACUCUUCCGACGUCGCGUCAACCAGUACCCACACCAGCGCCAGCAAUGCGCACUCGAUCUCAGUCGUGUCCCCAUUGUAAUCGCACGUUCAUCUCACGCAACGGUCUGGUCGGCCACUUGCAAAUCCGCUGCACUGUGACCGGCAAAGCAGUGCCAGGAACUCCGACUUACACCCGCCUCAUCCGCCCUCGAUGCUUGCACUGCGUAAGCACAUCCAAUCAUCGCAUGGGUCCAUUCUAUCACGUACAUGUCCACGACAAGGGCAUGCAUCGUGAUACCGACACGCAAAAACACAGCCUUUACACCCGACAUCUCUUACACUUCCAGCACUACCGACGCCCUAUCUGCAAGCGCGGCCAAUACUAACAGCAUAAUCAUCGCAACUGGACUGGCAGUCUCCAGUUUAGUUUGUUUACACCGUCGACACACAUGCACAACACGCAUAGGCUUUGUCGGUCACCUGCGAUUCCUUAGCACAAAGACUGGCAAACCGGUGCCAGGGACACCGCAAUACACCCAUCGCCAUUGUCUCACUUUUCCGCACUGCACCUGCACAUUCAGCCAUCAAAUGGGCUUCCUCAGUCACGUGCGCCUCCAUGAACACCUGUAAUAAACCAGGACAGAUUGAAAAACAUUGCCAGGCGUUUCGCUAUCAACGCAUGCUCCACAGGUAAACCUGCCUGACCGCGCCAACGAAGUAGGCACCUCCCACGCAAGUGGGAAAUGUUUUCUAAGGCUCCUCCGUGUGAGCCAUCCGCUACAUGUGAGAUCCAUAUAGUCCAUCCCCCUUUGUGUAAAACCCUGGUGUGGUGUGGCGCGGAUCAUCGGGUCUUGUAUGUGGCACGCGAAGACGUAACUCUCUAGUUCUGUCAGCCACUGUUCCAAAUUCCUGCAUCUGUUAACCGACCGGCUGGUCCAGUGAGUUGGUGAUUGGGAGGGGGAAGGGGGAGGGAUGUACACUCCCAGCACAUAUUCUUCAAAGUCUGACGCGCUUAAAUAUUACACGAUGCGCUAAAAGCCGUGACUUGGGAGACUACCGACUGGGAGGAUAACUCGGUCCUCCUCCGAGAAGGAGGGACAGUCAGGCUCCUUCUAAUGGGACAUUUAUGGCGCUCCCACUCGGCUGGAAUCUGAGCCGCCCCCAUUUUUGAUGUUAAGAGUCCUGGUCGAGCGGUUUCACAACCAGCUGAAGGCCUCCCUAUGCGCUGCAGACGAUCCGGAGAACUGGAUAGACCACCUACCCCUGGUCCUACUGGGCAUUCGCUCCUCCCUCAAUUCGGACUUUGACUGUUCUGCUGCCGAACUCGUGAUCGGUGCCGCCGCCCGACUUCCCAGUCAGAUGAUCUCGCCAACCCCGCGAGUUGCAGUUGAGAAUCCUACCAACCUCCUGCAUCACCUCCGGCAAUUCAUGCAAACACAUUACCCAUUCCGCCCAGGCCAUCCGUCUCCGAGUCUUACCUCGAGAAAGACUUGGCAACAUGCUCUUACGUCUAUUUCCGAUGUGAUCGAGUUCGCCGGCCCCUGGAACCAUCCAACGACGGCCCCAUCCGAGGUAUCGCUCGUGAAAAGAAGAACUUUCGCAUCCAACGCGACAAUCGUGAGGAGGUCGUGAGCGUGGAUCGUUUCAAAACUGCCGUCCCGGACACUCCUCCGGAUGAGCUCUGUGGUCCCCUACCCCCUGCUCAACUUCCCCGACCCUCAAUCCCACCGUCCCGUAUACUUCCUCUGUCCCCAUGUCCGCAACCCCCAACUACAACUCUCUCUUCAUUAACCAACAGCAUUGUUACCACGAGCCAUAUUCACUCUACCCCUGUGCCCCCUGUAUAUAUCACCCUUAGUGGACGCCAUUUUCAUUUUCUUGAGCAUUUGGUUACUCAUGUUUUUUUAGACAUGAACAAUUCCUUCGACGUUGCUACGCACCGCCUUCGGUCUAGCCGGGGGACACUGGCAGUUCGCGUCUCCUGGCCCUUCGCAUUUGUCACGCUGCCUUUCUAUUCGCCUCACACGCUAGUCGAUACGCUGCUGCGACACGCGAGGCUUGUCACUAG